AGAGAGAAUGGGAGAGUGAGAACAACCUGCAAAAAAAGGAGGAACAAGGGUGCUGCAGCCAGACCGUCACGUGACCUAAGACGUCGUCCAAUUAGAUGCAAAGAAAAAAAACUCGUCUUCCGGUUGUCUUCCUUCUUCAACAACCAUGCGGUUCCGUUUCUGUGGAGACUUAGACUGCCCAGAUUGGGUACUUGCCGAAAUCAGCACGUUAGCAAAAAUUUCAAGUGUCAAGAUGAAGCUACUUUGUGCUCAAGUGCUGAAGGAUUUGCUUGGAGAGGGCAUUGAUUAUGAAAAAGUCGGAAAGCUUACUGCAGAUGCAAAGUUUGAGAGCGGAGACAUCAAAGCUAGUGUGGCAGUGCUCAGCUUUAUUUUCUCCAGUGCAGCGAAGCAUGAUGUUGACAGUGAAUCUCUAUCCAGUGAGCUACAACAGCUUGGCCUGCCUAAAGAGCACACUACAGGGCUGUGCAAGUCCUACGAAGACAAGCAUGUUGCACUGCGGGAGAAAUUAAGAGAGACAAGCCUGAGAUUGGGUCGACUGGACUCUGUUUCUUGGCGAGUGGACUACACUUUGAGCUCCAGUGAACUGAGGGAGGUGAAUCAACCAACAAUUCAACUUAAACUGCAGAGGCAAGGAGCAGAAUCAGGUGCCCCAGAGACAACUGUGGUGUCUGUUUCUGCUGACAAGUUCAGAGUGCUGCUUGCUGAGCUCAAACAAGCCCAGGUUCUAAUGAACUCACUACAAUGAACAACAGACGUGACUUUCUGAAAAUCGACGAUAAUGAUGAUUAACUGCCUAAAGUGCCAUACUUACAAGUUGUACAGUGUUAUGUAUUCUUCCUAAAAAAAUGUAAUUCCUUGUGUCUCUCAACUGAUAUUUAGUUGUAUUUUUCUACCAUUUUAGUAAAAAUUAGUAGAAAUGUGUCCAGAUUGUGUGAUAUUUGUUACUGAAGUAAAAAAAUAAUGAUCAUUGUUUAAAAAAGAUGUUGCUUGUAUCACUCAACACAUUUAAUUAUGUUAAUUAUUUGUGUUUUACCUCUGUAUGCUUAUAAAUAAAAACAAUGUAAAACGUAUCCGUCAAAAAGUGAUGGCCAAAAAGAACUGGAUUGAUUAUAAUGUAGGUACAAUAACACCGAAUCCAUAAGAUACUUGUGACACAUAUGAUUUAUUUAAUACAUAACGCCUCCGUAAAUGAUGUUGAUUAUAGCCAAUUUAACAAUGUGAUCAAAGAUAUUAGACAUUUUAAAAAAGUUGGAAAUCACUUCCUGGUUUCCGCAGCGCCUACAAUUCCCAUCAUGCAUCGGUUUAUUUGCUAGGAAACCCAAGUCUAGUAUUUUAUUUUAGCCGUUUUAAGUGAAUAAUAACAGCUAAGAAUGAAAACCAAACAAACACACGUACACAUUAGACCAAAAAUAAAUAAGAAAUUGUGGGUUUUGUCACGGUUGUGCAGGUCUCGCGACAUUUUAAUGACUGGCGCGUGGUGAUUGUACAACUUGUUUUGUAACACUGUUGGUUACGCAUGUGAUAAAAGCAUUGGUCAAACGUUUAGCUGCACGGUAUUUCAGCACAAAGACAUAUCCUCUGUAAAUUUAUAUCAGCAGCUGCUGCCGUGCAGACAGUAAACGCUACAAGCUGAUCGCACUUAACGCCGAGCUCCGUUUCCUGGUUUCGGUCUAACAUCCCUCCCUUUGUGGCUGCCAAAACUGUGCUGGAAGGUCUUGGGCCGGACGAUUCAUGU